AUGCCAGGCCUGGAUCGGCUACAGCGGCAUUACUGUCGCCACAACCCGGCUAUCAUUGAGUCAAUAGCGGCGGGCGUUAGGCUCGGUAUUCGCGAGUGUCAGCUCCAGUUCCGGCACUACCAGUGGAACUGUAGUACUAAUGGCCGGGACUUGACUUUAUUCGGGCGGCAGGUGCUCUCAGCCCUGAGCCGCGAGACAGCCUUCAUAUACGCGAUAACAUCGGCGGGUGUCGUGCACUCCAUCGCCCGGUGGUGUAGCGCCGGUCAACUGCCAAACUGCGCGUGCGAUCCCCGGCGAGUGCCCGGCCGUAGGGGACGGGAUCUGAACGGGGAGUUCGCGUGGGGCGGGUGUUCGCAGUAUAUAAGGUUCGCCACACUAUUCGCCCGUAAGUUCGUCGACAGACAGGACCGGCACGUGAGGGAUGCCAUGGCUUUAAUGCAUUUGCAUAAUAAUCGUGUGGGACGUAAGAUUGUACUGAAAAACGCACGACUCGUAUGCAAGUGUCAUGGCGUGAGUGCCUCGUGUUUGGUGCGCACGUGUUGGCGCAUAACCGGCGACUUUCGCGCCGUUAGCUCGCAGUUGAUGGCCAAGUAUGCCGGCGCCAAACGGGUAAAACUCGUACAAACCCGGGACAGGUAUACGGGAGCUGUACGUCGUGUCCGGGGAGCUAACCGGUUAGGACAGGGAGGUUUGACAUACACUCAAAACGAGUUGAUAUAUUUGGAUACUUCGCCCGAUUAUUGCAAUGUUAGCCAUAAAUACGGCUUUAGCGGUACUGAAGGCCGAGUAUGUAAUAAAACAUCUACCAGUGCCGCCGACUCGUGUGAUAUCAUAUGCUGCGGCAGUGGUUACCGGACACAGAGGCUAACCGUGCGAUACAAAUGCAGGUGCAGGUUCUACUGGUGCUGUCAUGUCAAGUGUCAGGUACAGUCUAUUCGUACAAUAUAA